GACAGCAUCUGUCAAAGCCCACAUUUAAACUGCUGCCUGCCCGUGCAGCAGCUGAGGAACCAUGGAUUUCAUUUUAUAGAGCAAAAUCUCAGUAAAACUGCUCAAAAUCCUUCCUGCAGCUGCUUGGCAACAAUGAAAAGAAGAGAGGUAAAUCCUAUUAUUUUUCAAUAGACUCAGACCAGUACAUUCUAGCUCUAGCUGCUUCACAUUGCAGCUCAGCACUAAAAAUAUGGAUACUGAGAAGAGAAUACAGCACUGCAUUGUCCGACAAGGAAAAAACGAGAUGUAAAAAGCUUCAAUGCAUCAAUUGUGGGGGGUAGACAAAAGUGCUCCAAAUAGAACGGACAACUAAAGCUCUUUGUUUAAAAUUUAAAAGGAAAAAGAAAAAAAACAGGAACACCUCAGAAGACCAGCACACAUAUGAACAAGAAAGGUAACUCGGAGACAAGCAGACAGAUGGACAGAUUGGAUCCUAUGAAAAGCAAUCGCAGGAAGCAGACUGUUGGGGGAUGUGCGCAUGUUCGAUAGCAUCUUUUUUGCUGAAGUGAUGGCGUGCCAAAAGUAUUUUCAGUGAGCAUAAUCCUCUCACCAUAAAUGGCUUGACCAAGGAAGAGUGAUUGAAGAAGAAAGCCCUUUAAGAUCAGACACAAUUUAAAAAUGAUUACCAAAGAAUAGCACUGGUUCAGAAGAGGGAAUCAUCAUUUUGUUCUACCAUUAUCCCAUAUCCCAUUAUUGGAUAUUUACAACAUGCUUCAGUGGAGGAGACGACACUGCUGCUUUGCAAAGAUGACCUGGAAUGCCAAGAGGUCUUUGUUUCGUAUGCAUAUCAUUGGUCUACUCUCUCUUGUCUUUCUUUUUGCUAUGUUUCUUUUUUUUAAUCAUCAUGAUUGGCUGCCAGGCAGAGCUGGCUUCAAAGAAAAUCCUGUAACUUAUACUAUACGAGGAUUUCGAUCUACAAAGGGCGAGACAAACCACAGCUCCCUAAGGAACAUUUGGAAGGAUACAGUCCCUCAAACUCUAAGGCCUCAAACUGCUACUAAUGCCAACAACACAGACUUGUCACCACAAGGAGUAACUGGUCUAGAGAAUACACUCAGUGCCAAUGGAAGUAUUUACAAUGAAAAGGGUACUGGACAUCCAAAUUUGUAUCAUUUCAAGUAUAUCAUAAACGAACCUGAAAAAUGCCAAGAGAAGAGACCUUUUCUAAUACUCCUUAUAGCUGCAGAACCUGGACAAGCAGAAGCAAGACGAGCUAUUCGACAAACUUGGGGAAAUGAAAGCCUGGCACCUGGAAUUCAAAUUGCUCGCAUUUUUUUAUUAGGCUUAAGUGUUAAGUUGAAUGGCCACCUUCAGCGGGCCAUAGAGGAAGAAAGCAGACAAUAUCAUGAUAUCAUUCAACAGGAAUAUUUAGAUACUUACUAUAACUUGACCAUUAAGACACUAAUGGGCAUGAACUGGGUUGCAACCUACUGCCCACAUAUUCCUUAUGUUAUGAAAACUGAUAGUGAUAUGUUUGUCAAUACUGAAUAUUUAAUACAUAAGCUAUUAAAGCCAGAUCUGCCUCCUAGGCACAACUAUUUCACAGGUUACCUAAUGAGAGGGUAUGCACCCAACCGCAACAAAGACAGCAAAUGGUAUAUGCCACCAGAUCUCUACCCAAGUGAGCGUUACCCUGUGUUCUGCUCUGGAACUGGCUAUGUUUUUUCUGGAGAUUUAGCAGAAAAGAUCUUUAAAGUUUCUUUAAGCAUCAGACGCUUGCAUUUAGAAGACGUAUAUGUGGGGAUCUGUCUUGCCAAGUUGAGAAUUGACCCUGUUCCCCCUCCCAAUGAAUUUGUCUUCAAUCACUGGCGCGUUUCUUACUCAAGCUGUAAAUACAGUCACCUAAUUACCUCUCAUCAGUUCCAGCCUAGUGAACUGAUAAAAUACUGGAACCACUUACAACAAAAUAAGCACAACGCCUGUGCCAAUGCAGCAAAAGAAAAGGCAGGCAGGUAUCGUCAUCGCAAACUGCACUAGAAAAGACAAUUUGUAUCCCAUGUGCAAUCUGUAAAUAUUGCGGAAAGCAUGUAGAGUAAAAACCAAUGAGCUUCA